AUGAGUUCUCCACCCAGGGGACUCGGCACGACAAGCGCCCUAGCUUCAGAGCGGAUCCAUAUCCUUGGCGUGGGAAACCUCGGCAAGUUGAUCGCACACUAUCUGGUAAAACACGACCCCCAGACUCCGGUGACGCUCCUCUUCCACCGGCCAACUCUAGUUUCACAAUGGGAUGCGGCGGGCCGUGAAAUCGAGCUUGUGUCAGACGGCGAGGCACAAAGAAGUGGAGGGAUCGAUAGCGAGCUUCUCGGGGGGACUGGGGAUGGAGCGCCGAUUAAGAACUUGAUUGUGGCUUGUAAAACCUUUGUAACGACUAGUGCACUUGAUCAAGUUAAGGAGAGGCUUGGCCGUGAUUCUACCAUUCUCUUCCUUCAAAAUGGCAUGGGGACGACUGAUGAAGUGACAUCAAAGCUCUUCCCCGAGGAGAGCUCGCGUCCGCAAUAUUGGGCUGGCAUAUGUGUCGCUGGUGUCUACAACACGAAUCCGUUUUCCAUUGUACACGCUGGAAAAGGGCCCCUUACGCUCGGACCUGUACCAAGCAGCUCGACGGAAGACUCACCCGACCCUAAAGGCAACUUCAUGAUCGAGAAGCUAGUUAGCACGACUUACCUCCAAGCAACCGCCGUGUCCGCAGCAGAGGUUAGGAAAGUCCAGCUUCUCAAGUUAGCCGCAAACGCCAUCAUCAACCCCCUCACGGCUCUCCUCAACUGCAAGAACGGAGAACUUCUUGACGGCGGGAUAAAACAAGACCUCGUGAAUCGCCUAGUCACUGAAAUGGGGCCCGUGAUACGAGCUUUGUUGCCGCCGGAACAGACGGAGACCAGCGGUGAUUUCUCGGACGAAAAGCUGCUCGCGUAUGUGCAGAUGGUGACUGAGAAGACGGGAAAGAAUACCAGCUCCAUGUUGCAGGAUAUUAGGCUCGGAAGAAAGACGGAGAUUGAUUACAUCAAUGGGUUUAUAGUGGAUAGAGGUGAGGGCUUUGGUUUUUCAUGCCCGAAGCACGCUUUUUUGGUGGAUCUGGUCAGGAGUGCGUGGACCAUAGAGGAUAAGGAGAUUCCUGCGCUAUUUCCGUAG